ACUUAAUAAACCAAGGUUUAAGGGGCAAGCAAAAGUUCAUAAAAAAGAAACCCAGAUUUGCAGAAAUGUUGAAGCAAGUUUCUUUUAUUUUCUUUCUUAUUUUCUCUUCUUAUAUGAGAGCUGAGUCCCAAGAUUUGAAGCAUCUUACCAAUGAGCUUGAAGUGAAUGUGGCAGCUAGUAGGGUUUGGGAGCUUUAUAGGCACCUUGGGAUUUCAAUGCUUACUGCUCAACAACUCAAAAAUGUGAUCCAAAAUGCUCAAGUUUUGGAAGGUGAUGGUGGUGUUGGAACUAUGCUCAAACUCACUUUUGCUCCAGGCAAUUUAAGCUAUACUGAAAGAUUCAUUGAGGUUAAUGAUGAAAAGAAGGUGAAAGUGGCGAAGGGAUUGGAAGGAGGAUGUCUAGCAAUUGGUUGCUCAGUUCAAAUUGUUCGAUUUGAUAUCGUUGAAAAAACCAGUGAUUCAUGCAUUAUUAAAUCAGACAUUGCUUACGCUGUGAAGGAAGAGUUUGAAGCUAAUGACCCAAAGCCUAAUAUCCAACUCUUAGCAGCUGCUGCACAAAUUGCUAAAAGAUUUCUAGAAAGUUCAAAAAAUGAUGCUUAAGAUUAUAAUAUCAGUUUAAUUUAACAGACUGAUGGGGAUGGAGAGUUGAAUUUUCUCUCUUUAAUCUUUUCUUGUGUUGGAAAAGAUUGCCUUCACCUUUGUAUAAUUUGAAAAGUAGACUGAGAUAAGAGCUUUACGAGUUUUUAAUACAUAAAUAUAUAUAUAUAUAUAUAUAUAUCUCUCUCCUUGUUAU